AUGUUGCUGGUCCAAAAACUCUUAGCCAUCUUUGUUUUCUUGCAAGCAGUACUCGCAUUGUAUGUGCCUCCAAAUCAACCCUCACAAACUUUCCCGAUUUUGGUUCUUGAACAAACUCCUAUUGCCACACCUUCACCCACUGCCAAUUCCAAAAAAAUCCCUUCCCAGCCCACUGGUCUCCUUUUGAAUGUCCAAGACCAGAGGGUCAAGGCAAUUAGAUUCGAAUACACCCAGUCGAUCUAA